CCAAUCCAGUGGAGGAUGUGCAUGGGCAUAAGUCUGUACCCAAUCUAGAGCUGGGCCUUUGAAAUUGCAAGUUGUUAUGAACAAUUUAUCUUCUUAAACCACGUUAUGAGCCUUGAAAUAUAAGUCAGCUAAGAAAGACCAAUUCUCAGGGUCGGGUCCUGAAAAUUUUGGAAAUUCCAUCCUACGCAUGUAGGUUUUGUUAUGAUUCGGGCCUUGAUUUCUACGUCCUCGGUGCCGGAAUCUCCUUUCUCUGAAGAAGUCCUGAUCUUGCCACUCAUCAUCCACGAAAUCAUUAUCAUCAAAGUUCUGCCCACAAUGAUUGUUGACCCCAAAGAAAGUUGCCACUAUAGCGGUAGUCCUAAAGGGAUCAUUAUUGACAUUUAUUUGGCAUUGGGGCACUCGAUUAUUGUUUUGGGCAGCAUCUGGCAGCCCUGUGGGUGCAGCCAGCGGCUGUUCUCGGCCAUAAACUCUGAAAACAGAGGCUGUUUGAGGCACGAUAGGGCGGGGCGCUAGUCUGGGUGCUGCUGAAGGCACAGGAAGGGGCGGCGAUUCAGGCGUGGGCAGCAGUGGGGCCUGGGAAGUCCCUUGGAGCAACGCAACACUGGGCUGUGGCACCCUUGUGAGAACUCCAGAGGUGAUUCCAUGCUUUUGGGCGCCGGAUGGUGAGGCGCUGCUAGAAGAAGAUGCAGCAGCAGUGGUGCAAGAGGUCUGGGCAGCGGAAGAAGAUGAUUGGCUUGUAUUUGCCGCUGGAAGAGGAUCUUUUGAUGAGGAAAAAGAUUGGUGGGGGCCAUGAAGGUGCUGAUGGCCUGUAUUACCUGGAUGUUCCAAGAUCGAGAGCUCUUUCAUCUGUGAUGAACUCUGUUGAACUAGAAAAUGGUGAAGAAGAGAGCACAGAGACAUUUGCUGACGAGUUACAUUUGGUUGGUUCUCCUGGCACAGAUAAUGUCAAUGAUGAACCUCCAGCGUUCCCUCGCAUAGGAGAACAGUACCAGGUGGAGAUUCCAACCUUGGUGACAGAAUCUGAAUGCCUUCAGCUAAGAUCUCACCCAAUUAGUACUGAUAACAUGCUUGAUGAUAGCUAUAUUUUUGGACUAGGAUUAGCCAUUCCAGUUAUGUGGAUUCAUCAUAUAGGUGACCACGUAAAAGAUGAACAGGAUGAAUUCCUCAGUUCAAAAAUAGGUACUGAUGAAGCUGGGUCCAUGGACUUGAGAAGCGAAAAUGAAAGUCAUAUUGAUGCUAAGUGCAUUGUAAUGGGCGAAUUUCCAGUGGAAAAUUCAAGUUCUCAUGAUAUAUAUUCUCAAGGCUCAGCAUGUAAAAUUGAGCUAAUAAAGUACUUAGCAGAUCUGGGAAAAGAAUCUGGAAGUUUCACAAGCCAGGGAUGCAGUGCUGCAGAUGAUCAGAUGAAUAUAGGUUCUCGAUUGCUACACCAGAGUAAAGCCAAAGGUUACAGUCCAUUGCCUGGUUCACCAGCUCCCUCUUGGAGCAAUACUGAAAAGCAGAGUUUUCUCCUUGGUCUUUACAUUUUUGGAAAAAAUCUUGUUCAGGUGAAGGAAUUUAUGGAGUAUAAAAAUAUGGGAGAUGUACUAUCCUACUACUAUGGGAAGUUUUAUAGGUCUGAUGCAUACCGUAGAUGGUCAGAGUGUAGAAAGAUAAGAAGUAGGAAGUGUAUACUUGGACAGCGCAUUUUCACAGGUUGGAGACAACAGGAGCUACUGUCACGUGUGCUACCAAUGGUAUCUAAGGAAGGUCAAGAUACUUUGCUGGAGGUCACUAAGACAUUUAAUGAUGGGAGAGUUUCUCUUGAGGAAUUUGUCUUCACUUUAAAGGCUAUUGUUGGCAUGGAAGUUUUUGUAGAAUCUAUUGGAAUUGGCAAAGGGAAGAAUGACCUCACCGGCAUUGUAUUAGAUCCAAUUAGAGCCAAUCAAUCCAUCUCUGUCCGGCCUGAAGUUCCAAUUGGCAAAGAAUGUUCUUCUCUUUCAUCUGGUGAUAUCAUCAAGUUUCUGACAGGUGAUUUCAGGUUAAGCAAAGCAAGGUCAAAUGAUCUCUUCUGGGAAGCUGUUUGGCCUCGUUUGCUAGCAAGAGGUUGGCACUCGGAGCAACCCAAAGAUUUCAGCUCGGUUGUCUCUAAGCAUGCAUUAGUAUUUCUCAUCCCUGGUGUUAAGAAGUUCUCCAGAAAAAAGCUUGUAAAAGGCAAUCACUAUUUUGAUUCUAUUAGUGAUGUCUUGAACAAAGUUGCAUCAGACCCAAGGCUUCUUGACUUAGAGGUUCAAGGAGGUACAGAGAGCAGCAACAUCAAGAAUGAAAAUGUAUGGGCUGCAGAUAACAGAUCAGACCAAAAUGGUCUUUCUGACCAUCCACGCCACUGCUAUCUCCGCCCAAGGCUCCCAAAUUGCCAUUCAGAACUCAUGAAAUUUACUGUGGUGGAUACAAGUAUGGUUCAAGGAGAAGGACCAAUAAAAGUGAGAGAACUGAGGAGUUUACCUGUUGAUUCCACUUAUGACCUUUCUACUUGUUCAGGAGAAAUGGGGAGCAGUAGCUCAUCUGAGCAGCUGGACUCUGAUGAUAGCUCAUCGGAUGAUCAUGGAGAUUCUGAUCUGAAUACCUUGCUUGACAAGAAAUUGGAAAAAAGCAAGAGUUGCAUGAUUAGCAAGGAUACACAAUAUCAUCCAUCUGAUCAUAUGGUUGCUGUUUCAAUCACAAGGAUGCUAAUAAAUGGGCAUGUUCCCAAUGAUCAAUGUGUUGAUCGAAUUAGCGAAAAGCUGCCAAUAACGGAUUCAAAGUGUCAAUUCAGCUGCAGGGCAAAAUCUGACCAACAAGAUUAUUUAACCCCUGCACCGAAACGGAGAAGGUUAACUGCCUGUAAGUAUGAACGAACUUGUCGCCGUACUUAUUCUUUCCCAAAAGGACAUCAACUGAAGAAAGAGGAAAUUCACUAUGAUUUACAUUCAUCAAAUCCAAGUCAUACCACAGAUGCAGAUGUUGACCUGUCUCAAGGGAAGGCGCCUGUGAACACUUCAACUAAUCAUAGCCCAGAUGGAAACAGCAUAUGUGCUUUUAGUGGAGAGCACUAUGCUGCUGCUUUUGUAAGUGAUACGACAGUCGGUGAGGUAAAGCCUCAACUCCACACUUUCAUUGACCUAAACCUACCACAUAUUCCAACAGCUUGUGAGACUGCUGAACCCUUCAGCACAGAGGUCGCAGGCAGCCAGGAUUAUCUGAACCCAGAGGAACUGGCAUGCCCACCAGAAAAAAAGCAGCAAUAUGAUCAUUCCCAGAUAGUUGGGAUGUGUAAUGGAGUGCUUGAUGAGCAGCCUUCCAUUACCUCUAGAAGGCAGAGCACCAGGAGCCGGCCACCGACCACAAGAGCCUUGGAAGCUCUUGCAUGUGGAUUUCUUGGCACCAAGCGUAAGGGAAGGGAAACAAGAGUCUCACCGUCAGGCAACCACACAAGCAGGUCCUCUCGCUGGGUACGCAAGACUGAAACCUCGGUACUUGUUCCUUCUACUAGUAUCAGUGCAGUUAGUUCUGACAUUAAGGAUCCAAAUUCUGGAACAAAUGAAUGGUGUGGAAGCAGUACAGACCAUACAAUCAUGUUUAAUGAUUCAUAUGUUGAAUCGGAAGAAAAAGGGACCCAUCAGUCGGUUGAGGUACCUUAACCUGCCUACUUUUCAUUUCUUUGAAGAAAUGGAAAUGCAGCACUGUGGUUCAUCUGAUGCUGUGACCUCAAGGCAUGACAUGUAUAUUUUGUGGGGAACCUGCACUGCAUAGUGGCCGGGGAAGUUCUAGUCAUGUCACAUGUCAAAGGCGAUCUGUAUGCUAUGCUAGAUUUCCUCCUCCAAUUUAAUUGGAAUGGGAUAUUAUAGACCAUUUGCAUGAUGUGUAAUCGCAGGAUGAGAAAGUUCACAGUAGUGGCUGAUCAGUUAACAGAAACUUCAGCAUCCUGUUGGUCUGGUAACAUUUGCUUUUCAUCUUGGUUUAUUCAUCAUGAAAACUUGAUAAAAUAAAUUGCAGGGCAGCAGUGGCUAAUCUGUCUAUAAAAGGGUAAUUGCAAGGAUUCAGUUGAUUUCAA